GUUAAUUUAUCCAACUAAAAUGAACUAAUAUUUAGAAUAUUUGUUUAAAUAAGUACCAUAUAACACAAAUUUUAAUUAUUUAUUACUAUGAUAGUUAAUUCUAUACGUAUUAGCAAUUAUAUUAAAACUACAACAUUAAAGUCAUUUUAUCCUCUGUUAAGUAAAAAUCUUAGCAACAUGGGAGAUAGAAAAGGUUUACCUCUGGAAAUGGUCCUUAAAAAACUAGAUGAUUUUGCUCCACAAACCUUAGCCGAAUCGUGGGAUAAUGUUGGACUUUUAAUUGAACCAUCAUCUGUUCAGAUUUCAACUAUUUUACUUACAAAUGAUCUAACUGAAAAUGUAAUGGAAGAAGCUUUGGAAGUUAAGGCUAAUUUGAUAAUUUCUUAUCAUCCACCAAUUUUUAGAGCUCUCAAAUCAAUCACAAACAGUAAUUGGAAAGGUCGUAUAGUAUCAGCCUGCUUGGAAAAUCGUAUAGCAUUAUAUUCUCCGCAUACGUGUUGGGAUAGUGUUCAAAAUGGUUUGGGCGAAUGGCUAGCGCAUUGUUUACCUGUUAAAACAUGCAUACCAAUACAGGCUGGUACCGUACCAAAUACAGGCAUGGGGCGUAUAUGCGAGUUAGCCAAUGAAAUGACCCUUAAAGAAGCUGUGGAAAAAGUGAAAUGUCAUGUUGGAGUACCUUAUCUACGUCUAGCAAUAGCCAGAGGAAAAUCUUUAGAAAGUAAAAUAAAUACAUUGGCUGUAUGCCCUGGAAGUGGUGCAUCUAUUUUGGCUGGAGUUAAAGCAGAUUUAUAUGUAACCGGCGAGAUGCUUCAUCAUGAUAUUCUUGAUGCAACUCAUAUAGGAUCACAUGUUAUAAUGUGUAAUCAUAGCGAUUCUGAAAGAGGAUAUUUAAAACAUUUUGCACAAAAAUUACAAAGCUGGUUUGCCACAGAAGUGAAGGUUGUCGUAUCUUCUCGUGAUGAAGAUCCUAUAACAACUAUCUAAACUUUAUUUGUAUAAUUGAACAACAUUUAUAUUGAAUUAUUUUUAUUAA